GCUUAAGCGCCGCAGAACCACGCUAGACAAUUCGGUAGUGCUUUGAAUCGCCACAGCGCUGCACUUUUUUCAGCCGAGCCCAGCCCAGAGGCGUGCGGACCCACCAUGCGCCGCGCGCUCGCAGCGCUGGCAGCUAUACAAGCCGCCGACGCGGCCUUCGAGUGCGUCAGGGACGCCCACGGCUGCUGUAGUUCCGCAGGAUAUUUCUUCUGCGGGAGUUCGGGACGCUGCGUGGGCCGCGACGACCCGUGCGAGGACGGGAGCGGCGCGGCCGCCGCGACGUGCGGCGCGACGCUGAAAAGGGACGGCGCCGUGGCCUCCUGGGAUUUGAAGGGCCUCACGAGGACCUCGUCCCUACUCGACUACGAGGCGCGGGACGGCGCGUCCAAGGUCAUCUUCAACGUCUGCGCGAACGCGAACCCGCCGAAGGUCUGCGCCGACCCCGAGCCGGCCGCGGCCUACGCGAUCACGAAGCAAUCGUGCAAAGCCGUCGCCGGGUCGGCCGCCGACGCGGACAUGGCCUCGCUCAAGCCUCUCGUCGGCGCGGACCCCACCCAGGGCGUCGCUUUGGCCUAUUCUGGCCCGGACCGGUGCUCCUUUCUGUUGCGGGUGCGGUGCUCGGAAGCCGCCGUCGAGCCGUCUGAACCUACUUUGAUCUCUUCAGCAGAUUGUGCCACCAUCACUGAAGUCGAGAGCGUGCACGGCUGCCCGCUCGGCUGCGCGCGCGAUCGCAACGGGGCGGCCUGCUCCAACAGGGGCCAGUGCGUCUGGGCGAAGACGGGCGCCGCGUGCCACUGCGACCCGGGCACGACGGGCGCGGCCUGCGACGAGGAUAUUAAUGGGGGGCCCGCGGCGCGCGCGCGGUGGCGCUUCGCUAUUAUUGUCCUCGUCGUGUCGCUCUGCGCCGCCGUCAUCGCCGCGCGCUGCGUCGCGUUCCGGAAAAGGCGUCUCGCGACGCUACGCGCCCGGGGGACCUACGCGACCGUCGACGCGGACGACGACGCGGACGGCGUCGAGCUUGGGGCGUCGAUGCCCUUCGACCCGUUUCCGUAUGAAGAUGAUGCUGUCGAGGAGUUCGACGCGCCGCCGGGGACGAGUGGUCGACGGGACGAGUGAGUAAGAGUGUGUUG